CUAAAGUAUAUUUUAUUUACUAGGGCAUUCUUCAAUAGGUUUAGUUCAUGAACAAGUUCAGCAUCAUCCUUUUCUCAGUCAAGCAGUCGUCCCAAUAGACGGCUUGAGCAACAGCUUUCCGGUCACACCUCAAAUGUUCUGAUUUCCACCUCAGCCACAGAUCCUUGUGGUUCUAAAUGCUUGUCUUCAACCAAAUCAGGAGAUGCUGCUGCUCCCUUUGCCUCCACCUCCCACCCAUCUGUCUUUAGAAGUCAGGUGAAGAGGCAGUGGGAGAGACUAAACUUCACCAGUUCCAAAUGAUGACAGUUUCCAAGCCGUGGAGGUUUUUACAGAGCAGCUCUGUGGGAUGCAUCUCUUCAACCUUAAUCUGACCUAGGAGAAGGUUCCAGAGCUGCAGAAGAUAUCUAGCCUUGUCCCAAUGUCCUGAAGAGACUCCUGCUGGGCCACCUGAGAAUUCAAACAAGCGCAUAUCAGGAAUCCUUGCAGCUCAUUUAUUGUUGUUUAGUUGACGUUUAAAUGGCAUCAUAGAACUGCGUCAACAAGCCCACUGUCAUUUGGACAAAGCAGAUGGCUAUGAUCAUGUUCUUUGAUUUCCCCAGAACAUUUAGCACAAUUCAGUCUGAUCUGCUCGGUCAGAACCUCCAGAAGACAGGCCUCAACAAUCACCUGUAUCAAUGGAUCCCUGACAAACAGACCAGUGUUUUAGUUUGGCUUGGCCUUGUGUUUUUGAAUAUUUUCAUGUUAGAUUCAGAACCUCUGAUGAAACAUUUUCUCAGUGUUAUAACGUUCCCUCUCUGUUUUGAUGUAGUGAGGAUGGUUACAUUUAUCUGGUGUCAUACUUUUUUCCAGACGUUUUAGGCUUGUCUCUAUAUUUCUUGGUGUACUGUAAGCAGGCUGCAUUGCCAUAGCAAAGGCUUUGGUCUGAUGACUCAGCCAUACAGGGCAUUUUAUUGUGUAUCUUUAAACAGCUACAUUGCUUUAUUUUUGUCCUGGUAUUCAGCGGCCCCCGCCCACAAACACCACCACCUCCACCCCCAUGUGAGCAACAAAUAAUGAAGAACCCAUGAAAUCAACAGAAAGGAGGAUAAAUACGUAAAUAUACAAUUGAGAUAACAAUGUCCAUUAGAAUGUUCUUUACCAUCAGUUCUGAACAGAACACUGGUGGAUAUUUGCACAUUCUGAACUACUAAGUUUCAGACAAGUACAAUUUUUCCCUCACAAUUUCUAGUUGUAAGCAAACAGAUCAUAGGUGAGGAUAGUUUCCAUUUAAACCCAUUUGUAUCAACUUGUGUAUCUUAUUAUAGGUCAAAACUUCCACCUUAUGUAAACUUUUAAUCGAGAUUGUUUAGAUUCUUUCUGUUGACUUUAUUCUUCAAAAGAGCAAAAACAAAUAUCACACAACCAGUAACAAUGACUGAAAGAAAAGUGAAAAAUGGCCCAAAGUUUUAGAUUAAAAUUUAAUACUUUUAAAUCUAAAGUAUUCAUUUUUAAAGCUCCUUCAGCAAGCCAUCACCCAAUUCUUUUUUUUUCUUCUCUUUUUUUCUCCCCCAUCUGGGGACCUUUCACAAUUACACAUCACCUUCCAGAAAUAAAAUUAAACAUUAUACAUUUUCAUUACUCAAAUUUUUAGUCUUACAAUAGUUUGAAUGAAAUAGCUGUUGAAUUUGGCUUCCGAUCUUGAUCUUUGAUCUAUGAGAAUGCGUUCUUGCAUUUUUAUGUCAUCACCUUGACAUUAGAUGAAAAUGGUCUCAAAACAACAACAUUGUUUAUCGCAAUAACUUAUGGGACAAUUUAUCAUUCAGCAAAAUUUGUAAUCAUGACAGGCCUAUUUCCAUCGACUGGUGCAUCAGUGGCUUUUUAGAGGAACAAAACAAAAAACCUCCAGAUUUUCGAGAUGUGUGGUCCAAAGUUGACAACUUCUGCAUCUGAUCCAGUACAGCUGUAGGCAGCAACAUCCUCUGAUUAAAUUGUACUUUGUGUAGGUUGAUUCGCUCCAAAGCAGUAGAUGGAAAUUACUAUGGUAAUCAAAUGGUAAUCAACUUUUUUUUUCCUUUUUGCAAAAUUUCAAAAGUUCACUUCAAAUUCACAUAAAAUUGCAAGCAAACACAACCAUUUGACGGCUGUUCUGUCAGCUGUCAAAUGGUUAUUGUUUUCAGAACAUUUUCAAGUUAUAUAAUGGUAAUAAAGGCAUAUUAAUGUAAGAACACAUUCUCAGGAAAUUUUAAAUUCUUAUGAACAUUGAACACUGGAACUGGACAUUCUAAAUAUAUAAAAAACAACAAAAUCAACAAAUAAAAUACACUUGAAGUCUCUGUAAACAAAAUUUUCCUUCAAACAAAAGGGUUAGCUGAGACCAAAGCAACAGACUGAAGACUUUUGUCAUCCAGUUAUUAGUAGAGAGAAAAGAGAAAAACAAUAAAUUAUGCAAAUGAAAAUUGAGUUUGUGUUAAUUUAUCAUGCAAUUAAAUGAUUUAAUGCUUAUUGUGACUGUCCUCAGCUGAAGUUGUUAAAGGAUCAGCCUUUCAUCUUCUGGCUUCAUAACAAGUGGUAGGCCAAUUGUGAAACUUAAAAAAAACAUAAUAAUAACUGAUUGUUCAAACUUUGACGGUAGCAAUUGCUGUCAAAUGUUUGCAAUAACUGGCAGACAGUCUUUCACAGGAAAGACUGUGGAGGGAUUUUUGUGCUUUUUUCUCUUUUGUUGAAAUGUUUAAUCCAUCUGUACUGGCUGGUUUUCCUGCAUGUACGUCAUGUUUUAGUUCAACCUAAUCUAAGGCUGAACUUUGACCAGGCCACUCUAAAACCUUUAGUUUGUUUUGAUUGAACCUUUGAGUGGUUGCUGUGCUUCAGACUAUAAUUCGGGUGCAUAAUAUGAUUAACUUUAAGGUCACAAUAGAUGGCCUGACACUCCCCUCCAAGGUUUUGUGUUGAGAGCAGAAAUACCUCUUAUGUUAGGGAAAUGUAUCCCUGUAUCUAUCUUAUCGGGAUAAAUGAUAAAUGAUGAUCUUGUUUUUCACAAUCUCACAAAGUUUGCACUAUUUAGUCAUUUAAGUUGAGUGGUAUUAUUGCUUCAAAUGUGGGUCAGUAAUUUCUGCUGAUCACAAAACAUCCCAAAAUGCAAAUUAUGUCAUUUGUAUUUAAAAUGUACAUUAAACUAACUGAAGGUAAAAUCAUGGGUAACUGAUUGUUAUCCAAAAUCAAUUGUCCACUUUUUAUUCAUUACAAUGAAUACAAUGAAAAAGGGCCAUGUGUAGACAGUGUAGUGGACAUGACAGCGGGGGAGGGGCUUCCAGAUGGCUUCUCCAAUGAGAUUAAUGGUAUUAAGCGCAUCUGUUUUGUUGACACUAAAAAUAAAGGAGAGUGUUGGCAUCAUUUUGGAGCACAUAGCAAUGAAGCUGUUGGGAGAAUUCUGUGUCUCAUCAACAAAUGCAACCAAUUGCACUUCCUGGCCAAAACGAUAAAAGUCACCACCAAAAAAAAAACAAACAACAAAAGGUCACACAGUUACCUUUGCUUGGAUUGCCUUUAUCUUUGAAUACAGAACUCACUCACUGUGUAAUUGUUACUAAAAACUUCAUCAAAGACAGCAACAAUUCACAGACAAAAUAUCAAAAAAUGUUCAACACUCUUUUUCUAUAUGACUCUACAUUCUUUGUCACUUUUACUGUUGCACUCUAAUUUCCACACUGUGGAACAAUAUAAGGUAUUUCUAUUCUGAAUUGAGUAAAGUAAAGGUUCAGUCAGAAACACGGAUGUCAGACUCAUUUUUGUCCGAAUAAAUUAAAUGUCUUUAUAUUGGGAGGCCAGAAAUAUCAAAAUAUUGUGUAUUGGCUUUAACUGAUAAAUAUUUGAAUAAUAAAUUAUUCCUUUCUGAAGCGUACUGGAACUUUUGCCUUCCAAAAGUGACAGGAAACUAUAAAACAUUGGAACAUUGUGCUGUAGCUUGGCCUACUUUCUCCUGCUGUUGUUUAUUGCUACAGCAUCAGCUGAAUGAAAUAAAGUGUUAUUACUGUUCUAGCUAAGUAGAUGCCAGCAUCUCUUACUGGUUAUUGCUCCGAUAAAAAUUAUUUUGUUGGAGACCUGUGUAUAAAUGACUUGUUUUUCUUACUUUUUACUCCAGUUUAUCCACAACUCUUCGUUCAGCAUGCUGCAUUUGCCUGUCGAUCUUAUUGUAAAUAUGUUCUGGGAAUGCAGUGUUUGGUAUUUAAUGAGUCCAGUAAUGUUGCUGUUGGAAUGUAUUGGUAAAUGUUUAAUUGAUUUUAAUUAUUAUGCAUGAUGCAACUGUUUAUUUGGAAAAGGUUAGAGUAUUAUGUUGAAUUUAUGCAAAAUGUGUCAAUGGCCCCUUUUGAAUUAUUUUGGUUGCCUCAUUAAUCCUUGGUGCUUCGCCUUCCUCUCCAUCCGCCAUCUCCUCUUUCUCCUUCUGUCUCUUCAUGUCUUUUCACAAGAACUGGAUUAGUCCAUUUUCAGUUGCUCCUUUGUUCCUGUGGAAUUUCCUAAUCCAGUCAAAAUUAUCAAUUAAAAAUAGAAAAAUUAAAUGGCUUGAUAAAGUAAAGUGAAGUGUGGCAAAUAUUGCAUGCAAAAACAACAACAAAAAAGUUUUAGUUAAAAUUGUUCAUGUUAAGUUAAAUGCAUGUUUUAACCAGCGGUUCAUGUUUUGAUUAGUUUACUGUUAAAGCCGUUGAAUCCGACGACUGUUGGCCUGCUAGCAAGAGCCACACUGGCACAGCGGAGGGAUGUUUUACUUUGAAGGAGUGAGUGUCCAAAGUGUGUAGUGGAUGUUUUUUUGUUAUCAUUCAUGGUCCAAAACAAACAACCACAUUAUUACACAUUUCUGUUGUAGUUCUAUGCGGGGAUUUCCUGGAUUUAUUCAGUUCAGUGUAUUAAUGUACCAUCAAUUCACAACAAAUUUUAUCUCAAGGCGCUUUACAAAAAAUGUAUUUCAAUUCAAUUAUAAAAAGUAGAUUUGCAGGAAUUGAUUGUACAAUAUGCAACCCACAAUCCCGCUGUGAAUUUCAGGCCUUGUCAGCUGGCAGUUUUUGGAUGAGUGCAUUGCCCAGUUGCACACUGAUGUGGCUUGGGAGGAAGCUGGAAUUGGACCUCAAUUUAUAUGACUGCAAGAUGGCUGCCCUUUCCACUGAAGCACAUUUGACCCCCAAUCAGUCCCCAAAGAACAAUAUAGUCACAUUAUGGGUUCAAAUUUCAAAAUAGAGCCAGUGAUGCAGACUGGUUCAUUCUUCUGUUAUGUCAUGUUAGCACUUUGAUGUUACUCUUGUUUUUAUACCUAAAGAGUAUAAAAACUUACAAUUGGCAAGAUAUUCCUAAGGUGUUCAACAUUUCUGUCCUUGUGGGUUUGGAGAUAUGCUCAGGGAACUUACAGUGGCUGCCCAGUAGGUGGCGAAUGGCGAUUUAUGAAGUGACAAGCUAGUCUGCCUUCCUUAGCCACAUACAUACAAGAAAGCAGCAUUAAAUAGCUGUUCACCACAGACACAACUGUGUAUGAAAAGGGUUCAUAGAGCUGUUAUCCAUCUAGCGCUUAGAACAACAUCACCUUCAAGGUCAUUCAUUGAUCUGAAACAGAAGUUCUGCUGACAUGAGGAACUUCAGCUUGCUCUGCUUUACUCAGUUCUGUUGUUUUUUACCUGACAGAUGUGACUCCCACUGACAACCUGCAGCACCUAGAGGCCAAAUACACAGGCAGCAUUAAAGCAGAGGGUUUAAGUGAACCCUCUGCCAGUGAAACUGGUAAAUAUUAUUUGCAAGAUGCUUAUCAGGUGGAAGGGAGAGCUGGUCUCAGUGGCGAGGCAGUAGGUUGUUGAUUUUCUAACAGCCUCUGUUGUCCCCUGGCUGAAUGGGAUCUCUUAUCCACGCCACGCUGUUGUCGCACGUCUGGAGUUUGACUUUCCUUUCACUGCACUCAUUUGCCUCCUUUCCAUUGUUCUGUUGCCCAACCUAAAUGAUUUAAACUGUCUAAUCCAAAGAGCUAACAGAUUAGAGAGCAGAGAUCAUCCUUUCAAUCCGUUUAUGUGACUACAGUAUUCUCCCACUUCACCCUCUCAGUAACUCUUGCCUUCUCGCAAAAGCGAUGUGCAGGGUGAGGGGGUUUGCCUGCUUUUAGAUUUUUUUUUCUUGCCUCCACCUUGUGUCUUCAUGUUUUGGGGGUUCCUUAGUGACCCCACCCUCUGUCAACCACCCCGCACUUAUUGCCACCACGGCCGGCCACCUCAAUCGCCUUGUUGCCAUGCCGACAGAGACAUUGGCUCCUCCCCUGCCAAGUAGCAAGUCUGCUGGCCCCACCACGCCCUUCAGUUCCACUGUACCUCUUCGCAUCCUGAACAAGGGCCCUGAGUACUUCAGAAGGCAGGCGGAACCAAACCCAAACCGCCUGAGUGCAGUUGAGAGACUAGAAGCUGACAAAGCAAAGUAUGUCAAGAGUCAGGAGGUCAUCAAUGCCAAGCAAGAACCAGUCAAACCGCCUGUCCUGGCCAAGCCCACUGUUGACCCUUCCAUCCUGUCAAAGAAAAGCCCUGGGAUUGGUGGAGGAGGGAACGGAGUCGGGACCCCUUUCAAAGCAUCCAAUAACAACGCAAAGUCAGACACAUGUGCGUCCAGCUGUGGCAGCGGCAAACGGCAGAAUUUAAAUCUGGAGAUCUUAAAAAAUCUGCUGAACUCAUCGUCAUCUUCAGCAGCAGGUUCUGAAGGACUGUCAGGUGGAGCUAAAAGUACCGUCCUCAUGAGGUCAUCAGCCAGAAUGGCCAGAAGCUGGACACCGUUGGGGAUGCCACUAACAUACAGAUCCACCAUGACCCUUAAUGAGCAACCUUCAGACUCAGCUCCCAGUCCCAGCACCUCGCAUUCUCUCAGAUCCUUCUCUCACUCCUUAAAGGUCCCACCAGUGGCCAGCGGGGGGCGUCGCACUCCACAACAAGCAGGAAACCUGAACCUUAGCAGACGAGUCCAAGAUGAAAGAGAAUGUGAAGGAGUUGUCCAGCGUUCUCAUUCCCCACUGCCACCUCUCCUGACCUCCCACUCAUCAUCUGACCUCCUGCGACUGUGCAACGGUAAACCGCUGCGCACCACUCAGUCUAGCAGCUCCUCAGCUCCACCCCUCCCUCCCAAACCAAAGUCCACCUCUCUCCCUCCUGCACUGUCCUUGUCACUGCCACGUGCACGUCCACCAAUGUCCCCUACUCCCUGCGACAACACAACCCCACAGUCUUUGCCGUGUGACUUUGGAGACCCUGCUAGUGCAUCAGCUGAGUUGAACAUUGAUCUGGAGCAGGGUUCAAACGUGACUCGUCGUUCGUCGCUGCACAGAUCCAAGUCGGACCUGUCAGAUCGGUAUGCCCGGGCCGGAGCAGAUGUGGAACGCUUUUUUAAUUAUUGCGGCCUUGACCCUGAGGAGUUGGAGGCAGUGGGUCCUGAAAACUUUGCACGGGCCAACUCGGACAUUGUCAGCCUGAACUUUCGAUCAGCUUCUAUGAUCUCCUCCGAUUGUGACCAGUCACGGCGAUCUUCCAACGACGGAAUAUCAGAAGAGGAUGAAGGGGAGGAAGAGGAAGAGGCCGGUGAGCGCGUCCCCUAUGGCAUCUCAGCUGUGGAGCGAAAUGCAAGGGUUAUUAAAUGGUUGUAUAGCAUUAAACAAGCAAGAGAAACACAAAAGGUUUCCCAUGUUUAGAUUAGGUUCAUGUGGACUGUGGAUAAUCUCUCCUAUGGCUCCGAACUUGUAAGGUCAUUUCUAGCCAGAUUUAAAGGCUGAAGAAGAAGAAAAUUAUUUUAGUUUUAAGAAUGAAGGACUGAAGAGGUGGUCUAAGAGUUCAUAUCAGACAAACAAGAGGUAUGAAGAAAAUACUCCAAAAUACAGAAGAAGGUGAACAGAACCAAAUGUGGACAGAUGUAGUGAUAAAAACUCUCAUUUUCUGUUUCUCUCUGAAAGCCUGACUGACAUCUUAGUUGCACCACAACCAAAAGCAUGAUGCAGUGAGCUAGAGAAUGGAUCCACUCAGUCAGAAGUGUUUCACACACUUCAGCCCAUCAUACAUUAAUGUGACUGACAUUCCAACAAAGUGCAGCCUGAUGUCACUUCUCAAAAUUCCUAAUCCGUUUGGCCAGUUUAGCUUCCAGUGCUGCACUUUCCACACUUUGAAAUGGCCUUCAGUCUGAAACAACAAAUUGGAAACAGCAGAUAUCAGUAGUGAUGGUUGUAUUGGUGCCCGGUGAAGUAGUUAAUUAUACCAAUUUAUUUUUUCCCAAACAGUAUGUACACCAAAAACUCCUUUAUGUUCCAGUUCCAUGUAAAAACAAUGACAUACUGCGCUGUCCUACAAUUCUACCAGAGGUAUUUGCAUAUGUCCAUCUCUGCUUGACUUGGGUAACUAAGCAUCAUUCAAAUAUGUGAAGAUUUUAUAAUUAUUACUUCCCACAGAAUAUUUUUCUUACCAAAACCUGUGAAUGAAGUAAGACAUGAGAGCUUGUUCACUCUAAAUAUAGAAUGAUGUGGUCUUCUUCAGCUGAGUAGCGGUAAGAAAGUGAUUUCAGACUUAAAAUUCUCUGUGUACCCUGCAUUCCACCAGUGAUGCUAACUUUCAACAUCUGUAUGAAAUCUGAGAAUCCCCAUUAAAAAAAAAGCAAGAGCUA